GUAAGAAGUUAAUAGAGUAAGAAGUUAAUAGAGUAAGAAGUUAAUAGAGUAAGAAGUUUAGAAGUUAUUGUAAAAUGUGGUGUACGGAUGUGGUGUACAGGCCUAAUUCUGAAUCUCUCCCCUCACCGCAUUCAGAUUUACCCCACCAGAUUGAAACCCUCGCACCCGUGCACCACGGCCACCACCCCCCGACAGGGGUGCCCCGCCGGGCCCAGGCCUUCCUGCCCACCCUCCAACCCUACGCACCAACCCCUGUCCAUCAACCCACUCAUCGGCUCCCCAUCACCACGUCCUUAGCCUCUUGCUCCUGAUCUUCGUGACUCACGCCCCGGCGCACGACCAAAGAGGCACAAGGUUCUGUUGGUGGGCGCACGCCGCCUUUCCGGUGAAACCCGCCUUUUAUUUACCAUUUAACGACGCUUUCUUUUUUUCUUAAGCGAGCAAAACAUCAGAAAACCAAAGAAACAACGCACUACUCAGCAAAAAAUCAAUGAGAAAACAAAAAAAAAUUUUCUUCUUUUAAUUAAAGCUUUCACUUCUUCUUAACCAAACCUUUAAACCCU